AUGGCUUCUUCGUCCUUCUCAUCUUUUCUUCCUCUCCUACUCCUCUUCCUCACCGUAACCGUGGAGUCAAGACCUUCACCUCAACAAGACAACAAACAGGUGUUACAUUCUCUCUUUGGCUCUCAUCUCUCUUCUCUGAUCUUGGCACCUCCCACCUCUGAUGAUGUCACUGAGGGCUCUGCUGGACUUCCUGCUGCUUCCUCCUCCUCCUCUUCCUCCUCUUCCUCACCUCCAUCUGGAGUGGUUCUUGGCGGCGGUGCUGUGAGGGGAUUGGUGGACAAACAGGAAGCGGUUCCUCGGUUCUUCCUCGAUUUCCUGCAGCGACAGGCAAAAAUGAGGAGGCGGAGCCGAAAGUCGAUGGUGGGAGGAAGAGGAUGCUUCGGGAUGAAGAUGGACCGCAUCGGCUCCGUCAGUGGACUCGGCUGUUAGAGUGACACCUGUAACCCCUGACCCUGAAGCGACCCUACGUGACCUCUGACCUUCAGGUUGGAAACUCCAUGUUGGAACUAAUAAAAGAGACAUAGACACAGGUUGUCCGCUGGUGACCCCUGACCCCUGGCUA